AUGCCUGCGAUAGCAAUCAGUGGUGGCCGUCAACGGCGCCGCUUGGUACUGGCUGGAUCGUUUGUGUUGGUCACAAUACUUCUGCUCAUGUACAAUUCAUGGUUGCGUAUCUCUGGUUACCAAUAUCACCAGGUGGCCGCACUUAUCGCCGUUGGCGAAGAGAAGCGAACCCUGAGUCUUCCUGCUGAAUACAGCAUCGUUCCUGCUGAAAUACCAUUCUGUGCAGAGAGGUUUGGAACGACAUUCCUUCACAAUCUCCGUGACUCGGCAACACAAUACUGCAACCAGUCGUCAGAUCUUACCUGCUUCCAUACGCGGACCGUGAGCGAUCGAUGGGAUUCGUUUUGUUUCGGAAAGGGAGCCAAAUUCGACCGCAGCACAGGUAAAUUCUACCUGCAUUGCAACCUAGGCCAAGAACCAGAAGCAGCUUUGAAUCAAACAGUGUUUGAGAAGGCACCCGGGUUCCCAAGAUUCGAUAAACUUGAGAAGUACUGGUAUGACACUGGCCCACCCCUAGUCUUCAAUGGCUGGGUUCAAAUGGAUAAUGAAACCCAAACAUCAUCGACGAAGACUGGGAAUUACACCAUAUUGGUCAAGCGAGAGGGCUCCACCAAUCAUUGGCACUCAUUAAUGGAAAUAUAUUCCAUGACGCUGAGUAUGGAUGUUCUACAAAUUACCCCUGAAUCGCCAGGUUCCACCCCAUUUUAUAUCGCCGAACGCGAUUCACCGAACACCCAAGUUGUCAUUUUAGAUGACCACCCAGAUGGACCAUAUAUCGACAUGUGGUCACUCUUCACCGCGAAGCCAAUCCUCCGUUUCAACGAUCUCCCGGAAAACACAACUUUUGAAAACCUCAUCGUGCCACUUGCUGGUGCAGGGAAUACGCUUUGGCAGGGUGACUGGGAGGUCAACUCUUGCGAAAAGUCAAUACUGCUAAAUACGUUUGUCGACCGGGCCUUGACCUUGUACGGGUUGAAUGACACUAAGCCGCGACAGAGCGAGAACAUUACUUUGACGUUCAUAAACAGAGUGUCCGGGCGAAGACUCGUCAAUCAAACGCAAUACCUAGAGCGACUCGAGCGAGAAUUUCCUCUAGUGAACGUUCAAUCGAUUGAUUUUGCUGCAAUUUCCUAUAGAGAUCAAUUGAAGAUCAUUCAAGAAUCAGAUAUAUUGGCAGGUGUCCAUGGAGCAGGUCUCACACAUGGUAUCUUCCUGCCUCCUAGAUCGGCGAUGGUGGAGAUCCUACCACCUGGGCUAAAUCACAAGGGCUUUCGCAAUGUUGCUUCUCUACGAGGUCAUGACUAUUUCAGCAUACAUGCGUCAGACCCGCGUUUAACUCACAAGGGUGACUGGCACUCUGAAGAUGUUUACCUGGAUAUUGAGCGAUUUAUGGAUGUGAUGAAUAUAGCCAUUAAGGUAAUGUAUAACAAGGGCCUGCGAAGUCAUGAUGUCAGGUGA